AAACAAAAUUCAGCUAAAAAAAGGCGACGUUUGUGCAAUGCAAUAGAUCGAGAGGUUCUUCAUCUUGGGUUAUUAUCAGAAUCGAGGAAAGAUGAGAGAAAAGUUUGGGUUUUUUAUUUGCGUGUGGAUUAUAUUAGUGGGGAACUGUUUGGGAAGGUUUGUAGUGGAGAAAUGCAGCGUGAUAGUGAUGUCGCCUGAGUCGGCCAAAGGAGUUUAUGAAUGUGCAAUUGGGAAUUUUGGGAUCCCUCAGUACGGUGGAACUUUGGUUGGUACGGUUGUUUAUCCAACGGCAAAUCGAGGCGCAUGCCAGGUGUUUGAUAAUGCCACCUCCUUCAAAUCAAUGCCCGGUGGAUUCCCCACUUUUCUUCUUCUUAAUCGUGGAGAUUGUUUGUUCACCUUGAAGGCAUGGAAUGCUCAGAAAGCUGGAGCUGCUGCAAUUCUUGUUGUUGACGACCAGGGUGAACCCUUGAUUACCAUGGAUGGCCCUGAAGAAGCGAAAGCUAGUGCCGAGUACCUGCAGAACAUUACCAUUCCAUCGACUCUCAUUAGCAAGCCACUUGGGGACAGUUUGAAGGCGGCCAUAACUGACGGGAAAAUGAUUAAAAUCAGUCUGGACUGGACUGAGUCUAUUCCGCAUCCCGACAACCGAGUAGAGUAUGAGUUUUGGACAAAUAGCAAUGAUGAGUGUGGACCAAAGUGUGACAGCCAGUUGGAAUUUGUCAAAAACUUUAAAGGAGUCGCUCAAGUACUUGAGCAGAAAGGGUACACACAGUUCAUCCCACACUAUAUCACUUGGUUUUGCCCGAAAACUUUUCUUCACAGUGAACAGUGCAAGUCACAGUGUAUCAAUAAUGGGAGGUACUGUGCCCCGGAUCCGGAACAAGACUUCAGUAAAGGAUAUGAUGGUAAUGAUGUUGUUGUUCAAAAUCUUCGCCAAGCUUGCCUUUUUAAAGUUGCUAAUGAAAGCGGAAAGCCAUGGCUCUGGUGGGAUUAUGUCACGGACUUUGCUGUCCGCUGCCCAAUGAAAGAGAAGAAGUAUACCAAAGACUGUUCUAAUGAAGUUAUCCAGUCUCUCGGUGUUGAUCUCACUAAAAUAGACGAAUGCAUUGGAGACACUGAGGCUGAUGUGGAGAACCCAGUUCUUAAAGCUGAACAAGAUGCACAGAUCGGCGAAGGCUCCCGUGGAGAUGUAACUAUAUUGCCAACACUUGUGAUAAAUAAUAGACAGUAUAGAGGGAAGUUGGCCAAAAGAGCUGUUCUCAAGGCAAUUUGUGCUGGUUUUCAAGAGACGACAGAACCGGCAAUAUGUUUAGCUGAAGAUAUCGAAACUAAUGAGUGCCUGGAAAACAAUGGUGGGUGUUGGCAGGACAAGACCACUAACAUUACUGCAUGCAGGGAUACCUUCCGGGGAAGAGUGUGCGAGUGCCCUAUAGUAAAUGGUGUGAAGUUUUUCGGAGAUGGUUAUACGCAUUGCGAAGCUUUCGGGGCUUUACAUUGUGCAAUCAACAAUGGAGGAUGUUGGAUGGAAACAAAAGAAGGAAAGACAUACUCUGCUUGUUUCGAUGAUCAUUCGCAUGGUUGCAAGUGCCCACCUGGAUUCAAGGGUGAUGGAGCCAACAGCUGUGAAGAUGCUGAUGAGUGCAAGGAGAAACUGGCCUGCCAAUGUCCGGGAUGCAAAUGCAAAAAUACCUGGGGCAGUUAUGAGUGCAGUUGUAGUGGUGGUUCAUUGUACAUGCGAGAGCAUGACACGUGCAUCAAUAAGAAUGUUAAAACUGAGUCGGGAUGGGGCUCCAUUUGGGCUAUACUUCUUGGAUUGAUAAUUGCUGGAGCUGUAGGGUAUGCCAUUUACAAAUACAGAAUCCGGAGAUACAUGGAUUCGGAAAUUCGGGCUAUAAUGGCACAAUACAUGCCGUUGGAUAAUCAACCUGAUAACAACACUCACCAUAUGGAUAUCUGAAAGCAGAAGCAGGUAGCCUGGUGUAGGAAAAGAGGCACUCUCA